AAAAGUAUCUAUAUAAGGUAGAAUAUUUAUAAGUCUCUACACUGAAACAACCCGAAUCUGAUACUCAGUUGAAGGUGUUUGUGGGUACUCAACCAUGUGGGGAAUCGCCAUAUGUUCUUUUAUUUUUAUUUUCAUAGGCAAUGUGUUUGGUUUAAAGUUUACCAUGGAGGGGGAAAUGUACACUGAGUCCGAUAAAGUGUACUGCGGUCAGCUCGUGUGUGUACAGGAUCUUGAAAGUCAGGUGGCAUCAUUGGUCAACAUGUCUAUUUAUAGCAUCAGUGAUAACAGCGGAAAGGUCAUCAUUGCUCAUCUUUCAGAGCAAGGUUUACUGAAGGUCAAGGACAGUCCGUACCAGGCAGCUGGACAGAUGACCCAAACCACAGCUAAACUUACUGUGUCGGUGGAGGGGACGUCUGGGUGUGGUCUCGGCGCCUUCCUCUGCCAGUUGUAUUUUGUUGACCCCCACUGGCGUGCAGACGUGAGAGAAGUUUUUGUUUUCCCGCCACCGACAGCAGACGAGUCUAGCCCGGACCUGAAGUUUUCCUUACAGCUGGAAGUCCCGUGGUCAAAUAAGCCCGUUGGUUUCAGAAAUCAAGGGAAAAGUCUUCAAAUUAGUUCGUCCAAAAAUUACCUAGGAAUGACCUCAGAGGCUACACGUGACCGUUUCAACCAAUCAGAUGAGGGGAAAGACUUGACCAGAGCCCAUGAAAUCUCCCUAGAGCUACUUAAAAAUUUGGAGAUAAAUUUAACGAAACAAAUAGAAUUGAAAAUGAAAGAAAUAAGUCAAAAUGUUACAGAGAAACUGCUUCAGUUCAACGAGGACUUAAGUAGACAACGUAAUACUAACUUGCUGUCUAUAAAAAACAACAAAACUUAUAUCGACGGUGAUGCUUUGGGGUCUAGCUUGGCGGAAAUGGAACAAAUAUUAAAAUCCAUUGAGAAAAAAUACGACGCAAAAUUUAAAAUCUUGCAAGAAAAGUUAGAACAAAUCAGUACAAACUUAACCGAUAGAGUUGUUCAAUUAAGCGAAGAUAUCGACAGAGAACGUAAAUAUAAUGUGACGCCAUCUAAGGGCGAUAAACAAGACAACAACGAUGCUUUGCGUGCAUUGGAAACAAAUAUAACAAACGCAUUACGUCUACACUUACACAAAUUUGAGGAGGUGAAUACAAAAUUUGAAGCUAUGCACAAGGAUACGUUAAAUAAGAUUAUACAGAUGAAUGAAACUUUAACUGACAUAACUGUUCACUAUAAACAGGAUAUCGAUAGACAACGUACAGAUAAUGGAACCUCAAAUAAAGAGCGAAUCACUAUUGAUGCUCAACAAGUAACAGACACAAAUACGAAUAACGCAAUGUACUUACAGUUAAAAAAAUUACAAGAAGCUUUCAAUAAGCGAUAUGAUAUUAUUCCUGAAGAAACAAGCAGCGAAUCCACUAACAUAAGUAGCUAUGAGUUGAAGUGCGAUAAGAGAUCAAUGUCGCCUGACUUGCCAUCGAGAAUUGUGUUGACUCACCCAACCAACAAGAAGAUCUUAUGUGACACGACAACAGACGGUGGAGGGUGGAUCAUUUUUUUUAGACGUACUGAAGGUGACCUCGACUUCGAUGAAACCAGGGAGAAUUAUAAGCACGGAUUUGGUUCUUUUAGUGGCGACUUUUGGCUUGGAAAUGAAUUUCUAGCUAAAGUUACUGCAAGGGGAAAUUUCGAGUUGAGAGCUGAUAUGCGCUACAAAGAUAAACCAUAUUACGCUGUGUACGACUUUUUUAAAGUUGAGAGUGAAUCAUCCAGAUACAAACUAAGGAUUGGUGCGUACACGGGCAAUGCAGGAAACUCGCUUAGUAGCAACGCAAACGAGAAUUUUGAUGCUAUGGACACCGACACAUACAAAAACUGCCCCAGGUUUAUUGGAGGAGGUUGGUGGUUUUAUUAUAAUUCUUGUGAAUAUGGUGUCCACCCAACAGGCUAUUGGAAAGUUAAAACUUUAAGAGGAAUGUUCUGGAGAGAACUUACUGGAAUUAAUGAUCAUGUAGACGAAAUAGAAAUGAAGUUUAGAAGGAAAUAAAACACACGUUAAAAAGCAAUAAUGAUAUAAAUAAAUAAAAAAUACAAAUAAAUAUUGACACUUAUUUCUCUAAUUCAUUCAUACAUUUGUUAUGCACAUCUCUACAUGGGUCGAUGGUUGUACAUUUUCACAUGUCACACAUGAGCUAAUGUUCUGAUGUCAUAAAUGUGUACAUGUUCAGAUGUCAUAUAUAUUUUGUACAUGUUAUUAGUUUGCUUAUCAGUCACAGUGAUUUUAAAAUGUGUAUAUAAAUGUUUGUUAUUAAUUGUAAUGAUCGAAAGGAUUUCCUUCAACACAAUUAAGUAUUAUGUGUAAUAAAAACGUUAUUCGCCAGAUAGGCUGUUG